AACAACAAACAAAAGAACGGGCGUUGACUCAUCAGCUGACGUGACGUCCAUGCAGCAGUUUACCAACGAAAUUUACCAAGUCGAAUCGUUGAUCAACGUCGAACACUUGUGGUGAAUCAUCAUCUACAAUUCUACAGCCUUACGUUACACACAAGUGCGCAUUCUAUUUCUAGUUCUAGUCUUGCUGUCUCAGUCUUCACUCUCCAGCAGAUUCAGGCUACACUUUUUAACCUUACAGCUCAAUAUUGAGAAUGUCCAAAAUGACAGGAGGAAUCUCUGAUAACGAUGAGCCUGCUACUGCUGAAGUACAAACUUUGGUUGAACAAGUCAAAGACCAAAUUACAGGAAAAAUGAAUGGAACUUUUGAAGUAUUUGAAGCCAUUACUUUUAAGUCUCAAGUAGUAGCUGGACGCAACUAUUUUGUCAAGAUUCAUGUUGGCAAUGAUAAAUGCAUCCAUGCACGCAUAUACAAAAAUCUGCAACGUGAAGUAUCUGUUCAUUCCAUUCAAGAAGACAAGACUAGAGAAGAUCCCAUCACAUAUUUUUAACUUAUAUAUUUCCAUUCAAUAUUUUAAUGGCACUUUUUAUCAUAAAAAAUUAAUAAACACAUAAGACUUUA